AUGUCCAAAACUGCAAUCACGGAGAUUAGAACAGACAACUUUCUCAAAAGUUUUACUUGCCAGAGAUUGGAGCAACACAGCACAAAACGCUUAUAUUGCGGAUUUGUCGUUUUCGAGAGAAAAACCGAUUACUCUACCAUGACCAUGGGGAGAUUGACAUAUUCAGCAAGGAAAAUCGGCGGCAUUAAGGCCGGCCAGGUUGUUUCUAAGGAUUUGAAGAAGCGGAUUCCUCCUGGCCUCGGAUCCAAAGCUGCCGCUCGCGACCCGACUCUCGAAUUAGAUUUGACCGGCAAAUGUCUAACCGACGAAGGCUUCGCCCAAUUCAUCGAUGACCUAAUCGAAUGCAUUUGGUACCGCGAUGAAGCGCAUCCCGCUGGCCUUGCGAAGGUCACUGAAGUUCACCUCCAGGGAAACAAUCUCACCAUUUACUCUCUACCCAAGCUCGGCGAGGUUAUUGCGAAAAGCCCCGGCGACCUCCGCGAGCUAGACCUUUCUAACAACAACAUUCGCGUGGUUACUGCAGAAGAGAAAGCAAUCUGGAAGUCUUUCUUAUGUUGUUUCAAGAACUGCUAUGUCCUCAUGAAGCUAGAUUUAUCGGGAAACCCGCUCGGUGUUGCUGGCCUAGAAAUUCUAGCGAGCGUCUACAUCAAAAGUGACCUUGAGUACCUUGAAGCCGAUGCAGAUGCUAUCGUUCGUGAGAACCUUGGUCUCGCUUCUGACUCAGUGCUCGCAGGAGAGACUGGUGCGCUGAAGAUCGGUGAGAACAGCUCGAAGGAGAAUACCGAUCCUCGCUCGGGCAUGGGCCGCUCGAAGAAGUCUCCUAAUAAGGGCGGAAAAACAGGUAAACAGAAUGGGACGCCUACUACCGUGAUUUCAAGCAAGAACAUUAGCUUCGCCGAUCUCAAGAAAUACGCUUGUACCCGUGGACUCCGCUCCGUGCCCUACUUUAUAUUAUCAAACCUUGAACUCAGGACCAGCAGCGCUGUACACCUUUCUCGUAUGCUCGCUACCCAGCGCGCCGCAGAGCAACUCCUCACCUUCCUGCCUCCAGCUAAGGCAUCAGCAAUUCCGGAGUCUGCCGAGGAAGGCAAGAGCAUCAUCUGGCAGCCAAAUGACGGGUUGGGAGCUACCGCUAAGCGACUCCUCGAAGUUACCGAAUCAAUCCUCGCUCAAAAAACUAAGACUCAAGCUCAAGAAGUGUCCGAUGGUGAUGAAAAUACUUAUGAGAGAGCUGAGGGUUCGGAAACAGAUGAAGAUACUAAGCGCAAGGUACAAAGUAAGCUGGCGCUUGAAUUCACUCGACUUACAAAGCGUGUACGUCUUGAAGCUCUUAAGCAGGAGGGUACUUGCGCUAGCGAUAUUGCCAUUACUGCGCUUCAGAUGAUGGUUGUUUCGCGCGCUCUUCUCCUGGAAGAUCGAGACCGUGUGGUUGAGGCAUCCAAAAUCGAACGGGCUGAGGCGCCCUUAAACACUGAAGGCCCUACCUUUGAGGAAGGACAGGAAGGGUUGCAGGGACAGGAGUACGUCUUGGAAGUGGAGCCAAGCGUUGAACAACCUCUUUCCCCUGUUGAAUACCUUCCCGAGCCGCAGUACACCUUUCCUCAGUCUUUUGCUACCGGGCCAUUUCAUCCCGGAGCCAAAUUAUUCGACGAGGAGUUUCCAGCCCUCCAGCCUAUCCUCCACGAACCACCCCGGCUCUUGACGAAGCCUGCAACUACCGAGCCUGAGGUAGAGGAGGCUGCCGCGCCCAGUGUGAUUACAGGUCCCAGCUCUAGCCCUGGUUACCCAGCUUCCUCUGAGAACGGCACCAAGGCAAACGGUGGCUCUGGCUCUUCCCACCCCACUCGUUCGGGCAAGGGUAACUCCCGCUUUAGUGUCGCGCAGAAAGCACGUAAGAGCUCCUGGCGCUAUAACCUUCCUACUGAGAUCUGGCAGCGCAUCAUCGCUGACGCCGUCGGGGCUAACGGUAUCCUUGACCAAGAGCAGCAGCAACGUAUCAUGCAGUAUGCCGCCGAUUGGGAUGCUGUAGCUUAUGAGCUCACUAUUAAGGGCGCGGAAGACCAUCAGCAGAUUUGGAAGUUUUUGCAGACCGUUGGUUGUUUCACUUACUCGCCUCUAGCUUGA